CGACCCUUAAGUCACCACUCACCACCCACCGUCUCAAGAUCCACGCCCCCCGAAAUUGCAGGUCGUUAGACUAUUGCCAUUCACGUUUUCUACUCAAGUAUUCAACUCAGAUCGCUCAAAAACUGAUCUACAGGUGCUUUGGUUGCCAAAUUAGAUGGGGGCCGUGCCUUCAACACCGCGCUGGGGCGGCGAGUUGUCGCAGGACACGGCGGAGUAUUUAAUCGGAACAUUUGUUGGUGAUAAAACUUUCCCACUCAAUUCUGAUUACUGGCAGAAAUUACUGGAGCUCCCUUUUGAUCUCCAUUGGCCGGCUCAUCGUGUUGAACAAGCUUGCCAGGCAUUUGCGCGAAACAAUUGUUCUACUAGGCACCUUGCAAAAUUGUUAAUCCACUUGACAUGGUGCUUGCAAGCAUCACUUUCUACUCCGGAUGUGCAAUCCGUGGCUUCAAUUAAGGCUGUAAAUGCAUCUUACAUAGCAUCAGUGUUUCUAAAGUAUUCAAUUGAGGAUUUGAAAAGUGAGAACCUUGAAGAUUUGAAUUUGUCUCUAGAUGAGAAUGAAGCAAUACAACAUGAUAUCGGUAAAGACGAGAGCAUUAUAAACAUGGUUAUGCAUGCUAUCCUUUGCUAUAUUGGCAGAGUGGAUAUAAGUCCGAAGACGUAUCUCCUACAUCAUGAGCUGCUGAACUUCAUGCUCAUUGCUAUGUCUACUCAGCUACUUUCUGGGCCAUCACCUGGACCAAAUGAUGUUCACCCUUUCAUUGAUGCAGCAAUGAGUGAGGAGAGUUCUCUGGUUGGUUUGGUUGUUCGCAAACUACUUCUUAAUUUCAUCACAAGGCCACGAACAUCAAGUAGUGCAUCUUAUACAUUAUUGUCUGAAGAAAAUCGUCUUGGUGUGCUGAAAAGAGUUGGUUCUGCUGCUGGAGGAACCUCACUGAGAAGAGGAGUCAUCCAGACCGUUUGCCUUCUUUUUUCCGCAAAUAUAGUGCUAUUGCCACUCAGUUACUUUGUCAAUUCAAGUGUGGAAGCUUCAAGAAGUCAACUGGCUGACAGCAGUAUCAAUAUAUUACUUAUUCUCAUUCAUUAUCGUAAAUGUAUUCUUGUGGAAUCUGUGAAAAACAGCAUUGCCGGUGUCACUUCUGAAUCACUUCUGAAAGAGGAAACCUAUUUUGCUGAAAACCGGUAUUGUAAAGCCUUGGAAAAUGUCAGGGAUGUUGAGUUUGAUCGGGUAGAUAUCGAGGGAAAUGCACAUACUGGUCCACUUGUGAGAUUGUCUUUUGCUUCUCUAUUUGAUACACUUGGCAUGUGCUUGGGUGAUGAAACUGCUGUUCUGCUACUGUACGCAUUGGUCCAUGGGAAUUCAGACUUUCUGGAAUACGUUCUGGUCCGGACUGAUAUAGAUACGUUGUUGAUGCCGUUGCUGGAGACACUUUAUGAUGCUUCAAGGAGAACGUCAAAUCAAAUCUAUAUGGUCCUGAUUAUUCUACUUAUACUUAGUCAAGAUUCUUCUUUCAAUGCUAGCAUCCACAAGCUGAUUCUGCCUUCUGUUCCAUGGUAUCAAGAGCGUCUUCUUCAUCAAACGUCUCUUGGUUCUCUCAUGGUCAUCAUUCUAAUUAGGACGGUGAAGUAUAACAUGUCUAAGAUGCGGGAUGUUUAUCUGCAUACCAAUUGCCUUGCCACUUUGGCCAACAUGGCGCCUCAUGUGCAUCGACUAAGUUCAUAUGCAUCACAACGACUGGUUAGCCUUUUUGAUAUGUUGUCGCGCAAAUACGCAAAACUAGCUGAGCUGAAGAAUGAUAAAAUGCAGAUGAGUGAUAGUGAACUUAAGGAUGAUGAUAAACUUCCUGAAGAUACGUCGGCAGAAUUGCAUAUAUAUACCGACUUCCUGAGGAUCGUAUUGGAAAUACUCAACGCGAUUCUGACUUAUGCAUUGCCAAGGAACCCAGAGGUCAUUUAUGCAAUUAUGCAUAGGCAAGAGGUAUUUCAACCGUUCAGGAAUCAUCCACGCUUCAAUGAGUUGCUGGAGAACAUAUUUUCUGUCUUGGACUUCUUCAAUAGCCGUAUGGAUGCACAAAAGUUGGAUGGCGAAUGGUCAGUGGAAAAAGUGCUUCAAGUAAUCAACAUAAAUUGCCGAUUUUGGCGAGGAGAUGGGAUGAAGAUGUUUACCCAACUACGCUUCACCUACGAGCAAGAAAGCCAUCCUGAAGAGUUCUUCAUUCCUUACGUGUGGCAGUUAGUAAUCUCUCGCAGUGGUUUCAGUUUCAAUCCCAGUAGCAUAAACCUAUUCCCAGUUGAGCUGCCUGUGGAGGUUAGUUUUGCGGCUGCGGAGGCCAACACAGACCAAAAUAUCCAGUUAAACGUGAAGGAGGCGGUUGAAUUAUCUGUUUGACAGAAGACGAUCAUUUUAUGUACAUAGGUACGUACGUAUAGAGAAAAAAUAAACACGAAAAAUAAAUAAAUGAAUGUAUACACGCCGUGAUUUUCUAACACAAGUUUUGACCAUAUAGAUGUAAUUCUUGUAGACAAAACCAUUGAUGUAAGGACAUUAUUGAGUUGAUUGCUUAUUAUUCUUGUUGAUC